CAUUAGUCGUUGUAAAUAGUUUGGCAGUACUCUAUAUGAAAUAUAAGGAGGAAGUAUACUUAUCAAACUACUUUUUUGAAAAAAUAUCAGAAAAUAAUUUAAGUGCAGUGGACGCAUCGAUCGAAACGUUAAUACGUUUAAAUUUACCGAUUCAUAGGUUGGCUUUGAUGUUGGUCACCCCAGAAAACGCAGAAAUUAGUCAGGACGGCGAAUAUCCGAAAGAAGUGGUGAAUGACGAGAAGUUAAUACGGGAUAUACUACAUUCAAACCAUAGAAUCGAUGAAAGGCCUGAUAUGUGGGAUUUUCGUACCAGUAAUUUGGAAUCUUUGGGAAACACCAGAAGAACUGUUACUAACCCAUCUUUAAGUCGUUUACUUAAGGAAGUCGAAAGUGGAUCGCGACCUGAUUUUGACCAUCACCAGACAUGUUGUUUAAUAGCGUUAUACAUAACUGGAAUAGUUCCAACAUACCACGUAGUUUUUAGCAUUGUCGUUGUAAAUGACGGACACCAUGAUUGUAGUCAUAUUGAUGAAUCGGAAAUUGUUACAGUGUACAGAAAGUUUGAAGAUGGAUACUGGAAAGUCAAGGAUGAUUUUAAAAGACAUGUUAAACUCACCAAACCUACAAAUAUGUAAAAAUGUUAUUGUCAUAAAUCGCUAUUUAAUUUUAUUUUCAACAUACUAAAAUAUAAUAUAUAGACAUGGAAAC